UGGAGCUUUUCGGAAAAUCGCUUCAACGGUUAUAAAGCGCAUGCAACACUACAAUUAACUCUGCCGGUUUGUUCUGCCAUAAACAAUACCAAAUCCUUGACCUUAAACCUUACAAUUUGUGGUUGCAGGAAUACCACGUCAAUAUUUUGGAAUUGUUGAACAAAAUUUUCACAAAAUUGUCAAAAUUGAUUGAAAUCCAUUGAAAUUGUGAAAAGGUGCAUUUGAAUUUGAUGACAAUUGCUUUUAAAAAUCUUAAAAGAGUUUAGAACAAUAUGCCGAAAGCUGAAAAAGUGAAAGUAAAUGUUAAGGAAAGGGUCGAGGAUAAUGUUUGUGAUUUAAGUUUGAGUGGAAUAAAUGAAGUUCCCGUGCGCGAAAUAGCUUCGUUUAAGCGGGUUACUGUGCUGGACUUAUCGAGUAAUUGUAUUUCAUUAUUGAGUAAAAAUUUUGUUACAUUAACACGUCUGGUCAAGCUUGAUCUGAGUAAAAACCAAAUUCGGUUUUUACCAGACGAUUUUGGCUUACUGCGUAAUUUGCGCCAUUUGGAUUUAUAUGACAAUAAAUUGGAGCAUCUGCCGAUGAGUUUUGCUGAUUUGGCAAGUCUACGUUAUUUGGAUUUGAAAGGCAAUCCACUGACACCGGCACUAGCAAAUGUUGUUGGCUUCUGUCUAACACAAAAAGAGUGUCAGGAUUCUGCCAAAAAUACAGUGAAAUUCUUGCGUCGUAUACGUGUUGAAGUGGAAAAGGUUAAAGAACAAUAUCAACUAGAGGCUUUAACUGAGCAUAACAUACGCACGGAAGACAUAGCUGCCGAGGAGAAACCACCGGAAAAUGCAAAAUCGAAAAAAUCGGCCGCUAAGAAAGCUAAAUCUAAAGCAAAAAAAUCAAACACCAAUAAUAACAAUAAUAGCAAUGAUAUAAACAGUGAAAUGAAACUCGCACAAACAAAUGCAAAUAAUAAAGUAACAAAAUCGAAAAAGAAUGCAAAUACUUCAGCGAAAAAGUCCAUGUCCAAAUCUAGCACAGCACUUACUACUGUUUUCACUUUCUUUCUACUUCUGGCCAUUAACGUUUUAGUCAUAUAUAUGAUAAUGUUUAAAAAUCCAGAAAUUGCCGAUAAAUUGGUGGAAUUUAUACCACAACAAUACCGUGAUUGGAUUUUGACUAACACGGAAAUCUUUCGUCUACGUGUAACCGACUGGAUUUCGGAAUUUCGCACUACGCCAACGGAACACUGACGGUUCAUUUAUUUGAAGCCGUCCGAAAUGUAACGAGCUUCAAAUAAAUUCAAUCAAAUAAGAAAAAGCAGGGAGUGGAAUUUUAUAAAA